GAUGAUUCCGCGGUCACACUUUUUCAGUUAAAAAAGUUUGAUGAACUUUAUGCGGAUCUUUGAAAAUUGCAAGACUACAGAGAGUUCAGGCAUAGGUUGCUAAAGUCACGCCUCGCACAGAGCGCGAAAUUGGUUUCAGCGUGGAAAUCGCAGUACAAGGGCCGCCUCCGCCGUCUACCAAGCUUACACACACACACAGCACACACCCCCACAGACGGGAAAAGCCAUUUUCCGCAGGCAAUUAGAGGGUUUUCGGGGGCUGAAAGAAAGCAAUCUCCAUGGCGGAUCGCGAGCGCAGCAUUCACGAGAUGCUAAAGGACGCGCCCUCGCUGAACGACAGCUGCGGAGCAGUACACACGGGCACCGAGGGCGGCAGCCUGGUACUCGGAAGCGCCAGCAGCCACAGCAUCGCCGGAGGAGGAGGCCAUGGAGCCCCGGGCGGUCCAUUUGGCGCCCCCAACAGUCUGCCACUGCGCAACCAUUCAGCACCCACCACACCCAUGUCGCCCAGUAGUCCACCAUCGGGAAACGGCAUCCUGAGCCCCACGGACAGCGGGAGCGGCAGCCUUAUACGCACUAGCGCCUCCAAGAUCGACAGCCUCAAGAACUGGAGCAUAUCCACGUACAAGUGCACUAGGCAAAUUAUGCUGGAGAAGCUGGGCAAGUCGCAGCGCACUGUGGACUCGGAGCUGGAGGCCCAGAUUGAGCAGCUGCGCGAGACGCAGCGCAAGUAUCUGUCCAUCUUAAGGCUGACGCGGGCGUUCAGCUCGCACUUCCAGCAUGUGAUCGUCACCCAACACGCACUGGCCGACUCGUUUGCCGAUCUGGCCCAGAAGAACCCCGAGCUGCAGAAGGAGUUCACCUGCAACUCGGAGACGCAGCGCAAUCUCACCAAGAACGGCGAGCUGCUGCUCAACGCGCUCAAUUUCUUCAUUUCCUCGGUGAACACGCUGUGCAACAAGACGAUCGACGACACCCUGCUGACGAUACGACACUACGAAACAGCCAGAAUCGAAUUUGAUGCCUAUCGCAUGGACUUGGAGAACACCAAGCCGGAGCUGACGCCCUCGGCUGCAGCUUUGGAGGAGACCCAGCGCAGCUACGCGCAGCACAAGGAGCAAUACGAGAAGCUGCGCUCUGACGUGGCGAUUAAAAUGCAAUUCCUCGACGAGAAUCGCAUUAAAGUGAUGCACAAGCAACUGAUUCUGCUGCACAAUGCUAUCGCAGCUUACUUCUCGGGCAAUGCAAUGGCACUGGAAAGCACCCUAAAGCAGUUCAAUAUAAAGCUUAAGUCGCCCAAUGCCGUCACUGGAUCCUGGCUGGAACAGUAGAAUCAGUAGAUCCCUCCCACUCUCGAAAAGCAUUGCAGACGGCAUUUAAGCGCAUAUAAUGGGGAGACCUGGAUCCCUUUCGUCCUCGUACUCCUUCACUCACUUGCUGAACGAGCACGCUCUCUAAAAACAAAAUCAGGAGCAGAGUAAAUCCAAUAUCCAAUCCACUGGAUGCUGCAUGACGAACCGUAACAAUAUUUACGUGCUAAGUUUAAGUCGAAUUCCUAAGCCGUAAGCAGAAAGUGGUAACUGUAUGUUAUAUAUAUAUAUAUAUUUUUCCAACCGCUUUCCACUGUAUGUAACUCUCUGUACUACUCACAUUUCCACACUUGGUACGCCACAGUUCCUUUGAUUUGUGUUUCCAAAUUGCCACUUUGUGUUUGGGUAUCACAUUGCGCUCUGCUUGUGAAACUUAGACCAAAAAGUGCUCAGUGCAAUGUAUGUGUUAACCCUUUGUCUUAGUUCUAGAUAUUGUACAAUGCGUGUAUAAAUCAUUUGUAAUUCACCCAAACGAAAAUCCAUAACAAAUCGAAAUGUUUCCCGCGAGCUUGCAUAAUUUGAAUUCAUUGUUUUACUAGUCAACGUAUUAUUUACACUAAAAUGAAAUCUAUAUAUAAAAGUAUAUAAAUAAAAACUAUUUAAUUACACCA